AUGCCCGGGUGUGCGCCUCUUGGUUAUUUACACCCCCUUCUCGGCAACACAAUGGCUCCCCAAGAUGAAAACCCGACCGUUGAGGUCAACAAAGAGGAGAUCCGUCGCGCUGGCGACUUGAUCGUCAUGCGCCUCAUGGAGGUCCAGUCCUAUAUCGCCGACCUGGGCAGAGCUUAUGUUCAACACGUGAAGACCAUCACCGAGAGUGGUGACGCGACUCUGGAACUGCCUGCUGGUCCCUCUGGCUUCAUGGGCAAUGACUAUGCCCGUGCUGGCAGCCCCGCCCGUUCCGAGGCUGGCGGCCCCAAGAAGCGCAAGCGCGCUCCUGCCGACCCCAACAUGCCCAAGCGCGCCCUGACCCCCUACUUCCUGUACAUGAAGCACAACCGCAGCAAGAUUGCUGCCGACCUAGGCAAGGAUGUCCGACCCAAGGAGGUCGCCGACGAGGGAACCCGCCGCUGGCAGGCGAUGGAUGCCUCCGAGCGCGAGCACUGGAAGUCCAUGUACACUGAGAACUACAACAAGUACAAGGCCGAUGUAGCUGCCUACAAGGCCGGCGGCAAGGUCCCUACCGGUGAAGAGGCCGAGGAGCACGAUGACGAGCACGAUCAUGACGACCCUGCCGCCAGCCAGCUCCAGCAAGACUUCGCCGGUGCCGAGACCAAGGAUGAAGAGACCGAUGACUCUUCCUCCGAUGAGGAAUCGCCUUCCCCUGCCCCAGUCAAGGAGAAGACUCCUCCCCGCAGCAGUGCCAAGAAGACCCGCAAGGCCAAGGAGGUUGAGACCCCGGCCAAGUCCCCGGUGAAGCGUGGACGCAAGGCUGCCGUUGCGGAGCCUGAGCCCACACCCGCGAAGACUCCCGCGGAUAGCAAGCGCCGCAGCAAGAAGCGCAAGAGUGAGGUGUAA